AUGGGAAUUAGCAUCUGUCCCAAAUAGCGUACUCUUUCGAUUCACGAGGUUCGAGUCUUUAUCAAACGUCCUCCCUGUACCGUAAAACUUGAGAAGGUCUCAAAAAUUAUGGUAGUUGACGACGUUAUAGAAAGAGAAGACUCUCCUUUGCUAGCUCAAGUCUAGAAGACCGAAGUGGAUGAACCUAAGAUGUAAUAUACAGCACAAUAAUCAGAAGAAAUGGAUAAUAAUGCUCAACAUCCUUGGCUUAAAAAGACCUUUGCACAACCUCAAUGCAAUGAGAGCGGGAUGAAAAAUGAUAUAUCAUUCGAACCAAAUAGUUCCAGUUUUGAUUUGCUCAAACCCAAAUCCAUUCUCAAACUUCACAAAAAUGGAAAUCAUAGUUCAGAACACAUAUCAAAUGAUCAAUAAUCUAUAGGAUCAAUUAAAUCAAAUAAGAAAGUCAGUUUUGAUAAGCAGGUGCAAUUCAGUAAUUUUAGAAAGCAUUGA